AUGGCAGAGACCCUGAGCCCCUGCAUCCCACGGUACCAGUGCCAGGCCAACCUUGGUGCCAACACGUCGUCAGCUAAUGUGGUCACCAACGUCUCCUCGGCUGCCCCCGCACUCGUGGGCAGCAGCACGUGGAGGGCCCGGGAGCCCUACUCUAUCUUCACUAUCCUCAUCUUGACGCUGCUGGUGCUCCUGACCGUGGCCACCUUCCUCUGGAACUUGCUGGUGCUGGUGACCAUCCUGCGAGUGAAGGCUUUCCACCGGGUGCCCCACAACCUCGUGGCUUCCACAGCAGUGUCAGACGUGCUGGUGGCGGCACUGGUGAUGCCUCUGAGCUUGGUGAAGGAGCUGUCAGCUGGGCGGCGGUGGCGGCUGGGCCGGGAGCUGUGCCUCGUGUGGGUCUGCUUUGAUGUCAUGUGCUGCACAGCCAGCAUCUGGAACGUCACUGCCAUCGCCCUGGACCGCUACUGGUCCAUCACCCGCCACCUGGAGUACACACUGCUCACCCGCCGCCGCAUCUCUAACAUCAUGAUUGCUCUCACCUGGGCACUUUCUGCUGCCAUCUCCCUCGCUCCCCUCUUUGGCUGGGGGGAGACCUACAGCCCUGAGCAGGAGCUUUGUCAGGUCAGCCAGGAGCCAUCGUACACCAUCAUCUCCACUGGUGGGGCGUUCUACCUGCCCCUCUGCGUGGUGCUCUUUGUUUACUGGAAAAUCUACAAGGCAGCCAAGUUCCGCAUGGGAGGCCGCAGGAGCAACGCCGUGGUGCCCCUGCCCAAGACUGCCCAGGUGAAGGAAGCUUCGCAUGAACCACAGAUGGUGUUUACAGCUCGUCAUGCAGCUAUCAAUUUCCAGACAGAUGGAGAAACAUGGAGAGAACAAAAAGAGAAAAAGGCAGCUCUGAUGGUUGGCAUCUUAAUUGGAGUUUUUGUACUGUGCUGGAUCCCUUUUUUCAUCACGGAACUAAUAAGCCCUCUCUGUUCCUGCAACAUCCCACCCAUCUGGAAAAGCAUCUUUCUUUGGCUUGGCUACUCCAAUUCUUUCUUUAAUCCUCUCAUUUAUACAGCAUUCAACAAAAAUUACAACAAUGCCUUCAAGAACCUUUUUGUGAAGCAGAGAUAA